UUAAAGCUUUUCUUCAAAAGUAGCUUGGUGUAAAAGUUGGAGUGUUGUUGAAAAUAAAAAAUCUAAUUUGAAGAAGAAUAUAUUAAUCAGGGGUUUCAUGUGUUAGGAAAAGUUUGAGAUUCGUGGCCUCUGAUCCUUUGUUUUCAUUAUGUGCCUACUGUACAUAUGGAUACUCUUGGUGAAUUGUAGGAAAUGUUGAGUCUGGGUUAUGGAAUUCAUUUUGAUGAGAUCUUGUUUUGUUUUUGUUUUAGCUCUCAGCACUGCUUUCUGAUAUAGGACUGAACAUCCGUGAGGCACAUGUAUUCUCGACAAUUGAUGGCUACUCUUUGGAUGUAUUUGUGGUAGAUGGAUGGCCAGUUGAGGUACCUGUCACUUCAUUGUGGAUAUAGAUUAUAUGGUUAUUCUUUGACGCGCGAAAGAGGUUGAGGAAAGAUGGAGGAAUUUAUCAUAAAAUUCUUUGUAGUCUCCUUCAAAAGUUUCUAUGUGAAGAUUUAGUUAUUCUUUUUCUAAGAAUCAAUGGCUGUUUUUUUUAGCUUAGUAUCAUGUAAACUGAAAAUGAAGUCAACUUUCAUGCUUCUGUUUCCUUCGUCGUUAAAUCUGGCCAAUGGUCUAUUUUUGAGGGACAUUGUGAUUAAAUCUCUAUGACAGGGAUCUUUGCUGAGUCCAAAUGUUGUUGACUUUGCAAUGUUGUGGCCAGGAUACAGAUAGUUUGACUAAGGCAUUGGGAAAAGCAAUUGCUAGAAGUGAGGUAAACUCUCUCUCUCAUUUGGUGUGUUUCCUUUCUUCCUUUUGUCUGUACACAUUUCUUCUGCAUUUAUGUUUCGUAGUCUUCAGCUGUUAUUUUAUUUUUGGAUAGUUCUGUUGUGGUAGUGUGUAUAUGGCGAUGAGGGAGUUAUGUUUGCUUUAUUGAAGCCUUACCUAAGAGCUACGAAGAGUUUCUCAUAUGUCCUUUUUGAAUUGUAAUGCUAAAUGUUCCUCAUGGAUCUUUACUGUCUGUAGUUGGUGAAAUAAGUUGAAAUUAUUCUUUAUCGAACUGAGAAUUGUACCAUCUUGAGUCUUGACCGGGUUUGAUUGUAGAGUUCUGUCAAUGUCCGUUGUCAUUUGUCAAUGAGCUGUAUGUAGUCAUCAACUACCAUAUUAUUGUAUAUAACUUGCUUCACCAUGUUUAUUAGGGAUGCUUUACAAUCUUGACUUACCCGAUUUUUUAUGUGGCUUAGGGGUUGACAUUGUGUAACCCUGUCUCCCUUGCUCACGGUCACGGGGCUAACAUCCGCAGCUAAAAAACCUGUCCAUGCAGGGUUCGUGGUCCGGUUCUUCGCAUGGUCGCUCGGUUAUAGGCAAAGAAUUAUCGAAUGAUGCAAAAUAUGGAGAUUGGGAAAUAGAUAGAAGAUUGCUGAAGAUAGGAGAAAGAAUUGCUUCUGGGUCUUGUGGGGAUUUGUUUCGCGGAGUCUACAUUGGUCAAGAUGUUGCUAUCAAGAUUCUAAGAGCUGAGCAUUUAAGCGCUUCACAAGAAGAAGAAUUCUCUCAAGAAGUGUCAAUUCUGAGGGAGGUCCAGCAUAUCAAUGUUGUUCGUUUUGUUGGUGCAUCUACCAGAUCCCCGCACUUAUGCAUUGUAACAGAGUACAUGCCUGGAGGAAGUUUGUAUGAUUACUUGCACGAGAACCACAAGACAUUGAAGCUUCCUCAACUGCUCAAGUUCGCAAUAGAUGUUAGCAAAGGCAUGGAAUAUUUGCAUCAAAACAACAUAAUUCACAGGGACUUGAAGACGGCUAAUUUGUUGAUGGACACAGACAAUGUUGUUAAGGUGGCAGAUUUCGGGGUUGCCCGUUUCCAGAAUCAAGGGGGAGUAAUGACAGCGGAGACUGGUACAUACAGAUGGAUGGCCCCUGAGGUUAUAAACCACCAACCAUACGAUCAGAAAGCCGAUGUCUUCAGUUUUGCUAUUGUGCUGUGGGAGCUGGUGACUGCUAAGGUGCCUUACGAGUCCAUGACACCCCUGCAAGCUGCCCUGGGAGUUAGACAGGGGCUGCGUCCAGAGCUUCCACAGAAUAUCCAUCCGAAGUUGUUAGACAUAAUGCAGAGGUGUUGGGAGAAAGAUCCGGACAAGCGGCCAUCCUUCUCUGAGAUAACUAUUGAACUGGAAAAACUUGUCCAAGAAAUCCAGUUAGUUUGAGAAGCAGUUUUGUGGAGUAAAUGGUUGUAUACAAACUGACAGUUAAAAAUACCACGGCACUGAAGGAUAGUUGAGGAGAGAGAGACUACUACUACUACGAUGUUAAUUCCGGCACGUCGUCACAGUUCAACUUUCUAAUGCUAGAGCUGUAAAUGUUUCCGAGGAUGGUGCACACUGCGGAUGUAACCGUUACUAUAGAUGAUGCUUAUCUACCAAGGUCUAGUGCUUUUCUAGUAUGUUGUUGCUUAACGCAAACGCUGAACUGUAUAGGCUCUCGCUUGUUGUAGAAGUUCCGAUCUCCAAAACUGUAGAGAGAAAUUUUGUUGUUGUUGAGGUUAAGAUUUGUUCGGUUCGGCCUAAGAAUGAUGAUGAUUGAACUUUUAGGAUGGCUACUGGAUACCUGUUUGAGAUGAUUGGUUCUUUGUUUUAGAUGUCUGUUGUGAUUUGUGAAGUUCUGUAGAUUUGUUUUAAGAUGGCUAUUGGAUGUUUGAGAUGAUUGGCUCAAUGGAACCAUCGUCAGCUUUUGCACCGUGUCACUACAAUUACCGUCAAUGGAAAUAGUAACAAAAUUUAUUAUCCAUUGAAGAAAACAUCCAACUCAAAUGUGCGACAAACCAAACAUGUUAUCAGUAAAUAGGGAAAAAAUGUUUUAAGUCUGUCAGACAACCACAUGACCAUCCCAAACCGUUGGAACGGCUGAGAACGAGCAUCUACAAAUCAGAUUAGUCAACAAGACCAUAGUCACCGUUAAUCACACUCUGAUCAUGUGGUCACAAUUCAUCUACCAGACUUGGAAUCCUGUCUCCUUAGUGCUAAAGGACACAGAGGUACGAGCCUAUAGAACAGAUCCUGUUCAAGUAAGGUCGUGGCAGUAUAUGGUGUACUGUGAAUUUAUAAAAAUUUCCUUCUUGUUUCUUGUUGUCGAUGUGGUACAUUUGGUUCUGCAUUUCGUGCGUUUUGGGCCGGGCCAUUUACGUCCAUAUGGGUAAUUAAAAGUCGUUGGGCCUAGCACUAUACCCGGUUAUUAAACGACGCCGCAAAUGUGCAGGUGGUUUAGAUAAUUAGAUCUAAUGGUAGUCUUAUGCAAAAAGAGGUAUUCUAGAACCAAAGCAAAAAAUUAUACUUUUCUUUUCUAACUCUUGACAUUUUGUUUUAAGGGGUUAAAUAACGAUCAAAUCAUUUCCAAUAAAUCGUUACGGAGAGUCGCACAAAGCAAGUCUUUUCUUGCACGACAUCCCUUACUGCAUCAACGAAAGUUUGCAUUGGUGGAUCCCUAGGAGGCCUUGCUUUAACCUACAUCUCCCACACCGUAAAUCUACGACCUCGAAUAAACCGUUACGGAGAGUCGCACAAUGCAAGUAUUUUUCUUGCACGACGUCCCUUACUGCAUCAACGAAAAUUUGGAUUGGCUCCCUAGGAGGCCUUGCUUUAACCUACAUCUCCCACACCGUGAACCUACGACCUCGAUAUGCAUUUCUGGAUAGAUGUGUGGGACAGAGGGCUCGUGGUGCCGCCUUAACUAAGUUAAUAAACAACAAUCAACGCAAGAUUCUCUUCUUGGGAAUAACUGGGUAGCUUCCAAGGCUUAACUAAUUAUUACUAUCUAUAUAAAAUAAUCUAUAAAUUAGCUAAUUACAAUUAUGAAUUCUACACUAAACUUCAUAAUUACAAAACGUGAAAGUUUGACACCUUGCUACUCUAGCAGUUCUUAUUGGUUUGGUUUGCAUGACCACUCAAUUAUAUUUCAAAUUUUUUUUUUAACUAUCCUUCUUUUUCGUUGAUAUGUUGCAAUUGAAUCUCUAUUUUUAAUAUAUGAACAGGUAAUCUUAGUGGAGUAUGCAUGUGAAUUGAGGACGAUGGAAUACCCGCGAUUACUGGUUUGAUUGUCGUUGUAUAAGUAACCAACAAAUGUGGAAUGGAUUGGACAUUUUAGAUGGUUACUGAGUGUGGGAUGCUGAUUGGUUGUUUGUUACAAUCCAGCUUCUUUUUGAGUGGUGUACGUCUGAUAUGGAGUUCUGUACACGUGCUUUGGUAAUAUAUACUUGAAGGUAAUUUGCAGUGUUACUAAAGCCGAGCCGAGCCGCUCGGCCCGACUGGUAAAACCGUCACCCGGUCAUAAAACCGGCUCGAAACAGUCUAAAAGCCGCUCCGGUUUUAUGUAGCGGUUGGCGAGCGGCCGAGGCGGUUAACCGUUCGAGCCGAUUGAGCCGCUGGUCCGGUUUUUACCAUUCAGCCACUAAAUUUAAUAAAAAAAAAUUGCAGAAAAUUGAAAUAAUAAAAAAACGUAGGCUCUCAAACUGAAUCAUUAUUUCCAUUUCACAAUUUCGAAGGAAAGAGAUGAGCUCUGAUUAAUAAAUAUCCACUAUUUAUACUGAUAACGUUUAUUAGGUACCGGUUCUCUAACGGUUUUUAAACGGUCUAAUGUCGGUUGGACCACUAAAGUGCGAGCCGUUCGCAUUACCGGGUCAUGCUCCGGUUCGGUUAUGACAACAUUGGUAAUUUGGCAAUGUUUAUUGUACCAUUCUACCGGGCCAGAAGAAUGUUUUUAUCUGGUUUAGUUUCGACCCAAAACGACCACAUGUGGGAAGUUUCGCGCUACAUAUAUUAUGGAACAUCAUGUAAAAAUGAUCACUGAAUGGUCCAUUGGCAGCUUUGGUUAUGCUACUUGUGGGAGCUUGGGACUUGACCCGAGUUCGAACAUUCGGUACCUGUCACCGUUGUUUAAUGGAACCCAAAAAGAAAAAAAGAAAAUGAUAAAUCCAAAAAGAGUUAUUCUAAAAUACUUAAAUACUUUUAUUUUUUUACUUAUAAUAAUGUUUCCUAGGGCGAGUGGCACAGUGGUUACUUGUUUUGUUCAUCGGCAGGCCAAAAUAAUGGACUUGAGCUUAAAUGGUCUCAAACUUAACGACACAUUCUUGAUGAAUUUUUUUAAAAAAUAAUUAGAAAUUCAUUUACCAACCGAGGAGGUAUACAGAUAUUAGCCAAAAUCUCAUGGAAAUUAUUUCGUCUCUAAUAAUAAAACAAGAUUAUCUUAAGAAAGCAUAUUGAAAAAAACAAACAAACAAACUAGAAUAAUAAGAAUACAUUUUUUGGCUUUCUUAUUUAUCUCCUCAAUUUAUUUCUAUUGUUAAUACUAUCACUAUUAUAAUUUUGUUGAGUAAUUUGUUUUUUAUUUUCAAACAGAAAGAGACAUCAGUGUCCAAUAGGUGAAAGUGUCAAAUGAACUUGGCCACAAAUGGAGUUAUAUUCAUUCCGUGGAAGGAAUUGCAAUUUUCUAACAAAUGGAAUUGUCCAAUUCUCCCGAGAAACAAUUUCAAACCGCCCUUAGGUUUCUGCCCUAAUCUGCCUAAGGACUCUAGAGAGGACAAUUAGCUAAACAACAACAACAAUAAUAAUGAUAAUAAUAAUAAUAAUAAUAAUAAUGAUGACAAAAACAGUGGGGCACAUGUAAGAAAAAUUUCAAGUCCAAAUUAAAGGGACUAUUGUACGCUUCAGCUCCUGACACGUGUCUAGCUAUUCUACUUACCCACACUCCCAUAACCAGUUUUCCACGUCCAAUGCUUCAAUCAAUCAUUCAGUCAGUCAGACAGUCAGAUCGACUGAUAUAUCAUCAUAUACAAAAACUAGUUUUUUACCCGCCCGUUGGGCGGUGCAUUAUGCUUGGUUAUUUUAUAAUUUGUUAUAGUAUUCUAAUUAUUAUUAUUAUUUAUAUUUGUUGAGCUAAUAUACAUGGAAUUGUAAAUCCCACUUAUCUUAUUUUUGGUAAUGUUUCAUACUUUUAUACCUGUUUUAUUUAUGAAAAAUUUAAUUGUAUUAACUGAGCUCUUUAUAGAUUGUUGUUUAUCGAUUUAGAAUUUUGUAUCUAAAUCAAAAAAGUGAUAAAGAAGUUAAAAAAAUUUAAGGCAACAAACGAAGAAGUUAGAAUAAGAAAAUAUGCUUCAAUUAAUAAAAAAAAUAAGCGAAGAGUUUUUCAUUUUCUUUCCCUUUUCAUAUGUCGGUAUAAGAUAAUAGAGAAUAUUCCGAUAUUGAUCCCAAGAAUAUCGUGUAUUAUCAGUUACACCUGCAAUUCUGGAAUAAUGAUGAAACACAUAAGCAUCCACAUCCAUCAAUCUUCCGCAUACUCAUUUAAUUUAUCUUGACAAUGUUCUAGCAAAACCAACCACAAACAGAACUAUCAGUUGUCACUAAUUUAUUAAAGCAAUAUUUUCAGCCAACUAAACUGCAUAUAAACACAAUUUAUAUUUUAUAGAGGGCUACAUAUCUCCUGCAGAAAAAAAUGGUGCUUUUCUACCUAAUAACAACAUAGACAAAUAAUGAAAGGAGCAUACUUCAAUACAACUCAACUCAUUCUAUCUUGCAUAUUCCUCAUUUGUGAUUAUGCACCAAUCCAAAUAAUAGUUGGUAAGAAAACAAUCAUGUCAAAAUCAAGUUUUAGUUAGGAAUUCAAUGAGUAAAAAUUCACCCUAAUGAAACAAACAAAUGUCAUUGCAAACGUGUAGAACUUGAAAAAACAUCGAAAUACACAACUGAGGAACCACCACCAUCAUUUUUUUCUUCUUCACGACCUUUAUAAAACCCCAAUUAUGUUCUCUUCUACUUAUAAUCCCUUUCCUACCUACUAAUUACUAACCAGAUUGUCAUCUUAUAGCUAGCUAGUAACAUGUCAAUCAUGAACAUAAAAAUAUAAUGAAUAACCCUCACAACUCUACUUUUCAUUUCAACAUCUAAGGAAUCGGGUUGCAAUAGACAUUUAAGGAAAAUGAUCAAUUAUUCAACCAAAGGAGAUAUGCCCUAAGUCCAACCAAUUAUCCCUUCUAAUUAUAUAUUACCUAUUUACAUAAAAGUAUAUGACGUAAUAAAGAACAUAAAAUAACUCCAUGAAAACGAAGAAGAAAUACAUUCGCUCAUCAAGUGGAGCAAUUUACCAUCCAACAGUCUUAAUUUGGAAGAAAUUAAGAAAAGAACAAAAAGAAGAGCGAGCAGUUGCCAGCUUAAGAUCAAAGAGGAAGAGGGAGCAGUCGACAAUCCUCGAUUUGGAUCACCUCGUCUUCGCAAUUAUAGGAUGAACUGUUUUCAUCAAUAGGCAAAAAUAUGCUACAAUUGCUCAAAAAAUUUUCAUCUAAUCGCUGCCUCGUGUAACUCCCUCCCCCAACUCUCCUAAAAAAAAUUCAUAUGCAUUACCAUUUCUUUCUCUAUCUAAUUUCUUAUUUUCAAUGUUGGAUUUUAUUUCUAGAGAGAGAAUCAAAAUGGGAAAAGGGUAGAGAUAAAUUAAAAGGUUGCAUUCAUAAUUAAUAUGUUUCAUUUAAUCGGAAUGAAUAAGAAGUGUUUUA